UCAAGCAAGGAACGUGUACGGUACGGGGUUAAAGGGAAUCAUAUGGGACAGAGAAAGAAAUGGACAAAUUAUUUAUCGAAGAGCGGAGGUAAGAAGGAAGGAAAGAAGAAAAGCCAGAGAGCGCGUGGAGAAUACAACAGGGUGAUACGGAAGUGAGUGGUAGAUAGAAUCACGGGUGGUGUGUGGUGCCGCGAGUGAAACAAAUGCGUGCGCGUCGUAUACGAACAAGCUUUUCUCUUGCCAACAAUAUUCAGAUUAGUCUGUUUUUCGUAUUUUCCGAGAGUCGCGUUUUAUGCGUGACUCGAAACUUUGUGUCAACGAGGGACGGCCAUAUUAAUCCGUAGCCCCCGCCGUCAUACGUAUUCGAAAAAUCUUACUUCCUCGAGGUAGUGCCUCUAGUUUUACGAUCUUCAUCACUUUUUUAGCGUGUAUACCGUGUUGCAUCGUGUUCUCACCCUGCCGUGACGUAUUGUUUCGUGUCAUAUCGUGUCGUGUCGUGCCGUGCCGUGCCGUGUCGUGUCGUGUCGUGUCGUGUCGUGUCGUGCCUUGCUUUGCUGUACCGUAUUGUGUCGUAUGUAUGAUACGAUUCUCGAUCACUUGGAUGUACGCGUAACGUAGCUUUAGAUUUUCUCAAAUGAUUGUACGUAAUUCGUAGUACGUGAACGGUUGCACCCGUGUGUACGAGCGGUAAAAACGACGGUCAGUACAUGAGUUCUGUGUCGUUUGAUGUUCGUGCAUCGCACAGAUACAACUUACCGCGGUUCUCCACCAUCGCAUCGUGUCUACCCACUUUGCCAACAGUACCACCCUUCCUAAACUCUGUACUACCCACAGAAUGGUAGCGAUAGAGCAGGCGUCGACGUUUGAUUGGUAGCGGCGCGUGUCUCGGAGACCAGCAGCCGGUCGGAGAAAAGCGUUCCGUGCAUCUUUCGAAGAAGACGCGAGAAGAUAGGAAGAAGAGGAAGAGGAGCAAAAAGAAGAAGAGGAAAAGGAAGAAGAAGAAGAAGAAAAAGAAGAAGAAGUGGAGGAGAAGAAACGGAGACUGGCGGUGAUAAAGUGGAGGAAAGAGAGGAAGAAAGUAGGCAGCGUGAAGGGGAAGGUGAAGGGGAAGGGGAAGGGUAAGGGUAAAGGAAGAGGGAGAGGAAGCGGAAGUGGAAGAGGCAGAGAGAGAGGGAAAGAGAAAGAAAGGAGGAAGCGAAAAGAGAGAAAAAACUGGUCUCGCGGAAGGGCAUCUUCCCUUAAUUCAGGUUCGAACCUUGGCGGUUGCGAAGGUCGCUGAUGUCCGCUACGAGCCCUGCCCCUACCCCUGCCAGCUCACCGUCACCGGAACAUACCGGAGGAAGCGCACCCUCGCUGGCAACCACGUCGAGGAAUAUCGCGUCGCUCGUUACCCUAGGCCUCGAUCGACGACGAAGAAGAAGAAGAAGAAGAGAUAUUUUUUACGAGUCUGAUCGAGCAUCACGCGUCCUCUCGUUCGGAACUUCAGUACCACUGCUGCUGUACCGCCGAUCAGCUUGACUACCCCUCUGAAUGUCUUCGCACAUCCAAAAGUCGUGCGUGGUGAGGACACAGGGGCUUGAAGCGACAUUGAGUGACAGCAAAAAGAAGUACGGCGACAAGGUGAAUGCACUUCUGUCCGCCUGGGAGCAUGUCACCAAUUUCAUUCCUGGGGCAACGCCAGAGGCCACCCAGUCUCUCAUAGAAUGGGCUCACAAACACACGUUGAAACUGGUACUGCGCGGGGAGUGGCCAAAGUUGUCACCCGCGACGAAGACGCACCUCAGUGUAACGUUACAGAGGUGCGCCUCUCACCUGGUGCAACACCCCGCUGCACCAAGGUGUACUGCCCUGAUAGCUCUGGUGCACAAUCCAUGGACUCAUCCCGCUCUCGACAGCAUACUUAACGGCCAACCGGAUUCCGAACAUGAAGAGGAAUUCUGUUGUUCGGAGAAAGGCGAACUGCUGACAAUGAGGUUAAAAAUACUUUGCGAGGACCGCUGCGAGGAUAUUGCGGUGAACCUCGCCGCUGCCUGCGUACGUUCUCUCCGAAGGAGCGAUCGAUUGCGUUCGCUCUCGGAUUCUCAUCACGUUCAAUAUAUGAUCGAUGUUUAUAUUGUCCUCUUGUAUAAAUUGAAACGCACGCAAGAUAUAUUCGCUCAAUUAAAAUUAAUGGAUCUCAGUGACGGACUGGAACUGGUCCAAAGACUCAGCGGUGAAAGACCGACAAAGUAUGGAACUGCACGGGUUUGGAGGAAUUCGAUAAAAGCUGCCGAAUUGGUUGCGCAAUAUCUCGUUACGGCUGGAAUGGUACGACCUGUACCAGAAACGGGCGCGAAUAUUUUGGAACAAAUUUUAAACUCAUGGGCAUUGUUGCAUUCGAAGCUGAAAGACGUUGCGCCCACGUUGCCCGGGAUGAUACGAAAAUUGAUUGAACCUGCCGAAAGUGCACAGCACAUUUAUAUAUUUUGUGCAGUACUUGCGAAACACUUUGGCGAUAGUAUAAAGCCUUUGGUGAUCGAACUGUACAUCAGGGCGUUAACGACGGAUAUGAACGAGUUGGAGAGUCAGAAAACAAAAUCUGACACGGAAAAGGUUCGCGAAACCGCGAAACGUUUGAGCACGCAAUUCUUGAAGCUGGCCGAUGUGGUUGGCAACAACAUCGGUAUCGCGAGGGAAUGUGUUCUUACGGCAUUCUCGUUGCAUCCCACGAGAGCUUGUUACGACCGGAUCAAGGAAAUCGCCGUGGCAUGCGGAAAGACGAAAGAAGAUGGAGCUUCCAACGAAAGUAACAUCGUCACCGACAAAUUCAAGCACGUAUUGGAGAACAAUCACUCGAGCACAGGAUUCAAGAAACCGGACAACAAUAUCGGUGAUAAGAACGAAGGAAUGAAAGCCGCGAACGUAGAAACGGCCUCUUCUUUGUGCGGUUCUUCGUUACUCGCCGUUUCCUCGUCUGUAGUUACUAAGAAAAACAUGGAUUUUCAAAAUGGUCAAGUGAGCAAGAGUUUCGAACGAACGGAUCAACUGCUGAAAAGUCUUUUAAGUACCUCGAAAAAAACGGAUUCCACGAUUUCGGCUAACGACAGAUGUCCCCUGCACCCGAAGAGGGAUUCGCUGGUCAACGAAACUUUAGGCGAGCUUUGUUUCAAUUGCGGCGAAUUUACCGGGAACGACGUAUCCAAAAGUAAAUCCCCGGAAUCGAACGAAACGAUGUCUAAGAACGUCGAACGAUCACUGGACGCUUUAAUUUUGAUCAAAGGGGACGCUGUGACGGGUUCCGCGAAUUACGACGAGAAAUCCGUGCCUAAUCAAGUACUCGAUGCGGAGAAACUCGGCCUUUCUCCGCAGCUUUGCGACGAUUUAGCCGUGGUAUUGAGCAGUCCUCGUUAUCACAUGCUUAGCUGGGUUCUGGACUGGAAAGAGUUGAACGGUCUGUGCGAAAGAUAUCUGGAGAACGCGGAGGAGAUGAGAAAUACAAAUAAAGAGUUGAAAUAUCUUAACAUCGAUUAUUCGCAGUUCAAGGAUUGGCCUUCCGAAGACGAAACCAAGGAUAUUUUCUUCGGUAUCGAAAAGGGAUACGAACAAUGGGUCGAUCUACCUUCAGACAAUUCGGAACAGUUUGGUAGUUUCCAACCGGCGAACAGUUACAAGAGAGCUACCGCCAGAAGAAGCCUCGACGACACCACCACUACCGAUUCGGAUAGCGGAAGUAUUCUGCGUAUCAGGCGGUCAGGAAAACAAAGAAAGAUUCAUAGACUGGAAUCGUCCGAAAGCGAGUACGACAGCAUAGAACGUAAACCGAAACACUUCAGGAACAGAGUUAGCUCGGUUUCGGACACCGAUAGUAAUACGCAGGAUAGUCAAGCCGACAGUCUCGGCAGCGGUGGUUAUCGAUUGGAUACGAAGAAAAAAUCGAUGAAAUUGACCGGUAAAGAGACGAACAAGAAACGUUCCAAGGCAUCGAAAUUGACCGCCGAAUCGAUGUCGCACUUCCACAUGCUCAUCAACGAAAACGUUAGACACGCGAACACGAACGAGGACGCGAGCGGUUCCGACGUGAGCAGCAACGAUAUCAUAACUCUGUUUUCGGCUGAUAUGGACGAGAACAAGCGAGAAACGAUAAAAGGUUCGGCAUAUACGGCGGCUGCUCCUCUGAUAAUCACCGAAAGAAGAAGCGAUCCGGCUGUACUGAAAUCCUUGAGAAUGUUUAGGCCACAAAACUCCAAGAAACCUACCAGGAUCUCUCAGAUAUUGCAAAAGAAUCUGUUGAACAAGAGUAAGGACAAUAAUAAUUUAGAGAAUAACGCGAACAGCGUGGCGAAGUUUGCGCCUAUGCUUAGCACUCUGAAUUUGAAUCCGAAGAUCGUGUUGACUAGAGCUGACGAAGUCGAUAGAAGGUUGAUACGUGCGAAGAAGCAGCAACGUUUAAGUAGCGGCGAUAUUACCAGCGAGUUAAUGAAUAUUCAGAAAAACAUGCCAUUCUCUCCGAAUAAGAACUCGAUAUCGACCUAUCAGAAGCAGAAAGGGACCGGUGGUGCGAUCACCGGUAAAACGGAUCUCGCUUCCGCUGAUAGGCGAGACUUGAAUUGCAAAUCGAAUUUAGGCAAACGGAAAUUCGACAUUCUCGCAAAAGCUGUCAGGGAUUCGGAUAUCCUGGCGAAGAACGUGCCAGGUUUAAAUUCCUUGGACAUGAUGGUACCACCAAGAAUGCGCCCUACGGUAAACGUUGUACAACUCUCUAGAAACAUUCCACAAAGUCCAAAUUCGGGCUCCGUUAAUAGCGGCAAUACGCCGCCGAGGCCAAACAGAACUCCUAGCAUCGCUGGCAAUAUUCAAUUACCGGGUACACCCUCUUCCGGGGGACACGACAGCGGCGUUGGCAUGAGCCCUGCCGGUCAAACCCCACCUUCCAGAUCGUCGACUCUUCCGGACGUGGGCGAAGAAGCGAAUCAACCGCCGGAUAGCUCGCCGACGUCUUCGACUACGACUAACGUUUCCAAUCAACUCGAACCGGACACGAGUCCCAGAACGGUGCCGAUCCGGCGGAAUCAACCGAAUCAAUCGCCUAAAAAGUCUCCUUCUCCCUGUUCCGCCGUCACAACCACCACCACCGCCGGUUCCGGAGGUUCUUCUUCGGCUAUCACCUCGGAACAAUUGCAAAUUGUUUGUAAACCGGAUGGUACGUACCAGCUGGCUUCCGUCAAUCCGAACAUAGUGUCGAAUCAGAGAAAUAUCCUUAAUUUACAAAAUAUCGAGGAUGGAAAUAUCGGUACGUUUUCUCGACAAACGCAACGCAUCGCGGAUAACGGCAACUCCACCAGAUCCACGUACGACAGAUUGACAUCCUCGUCCACCAAAUCCACCUCGCAAACUGCUCAAAAUACUGGUUUACCAAAAUUUCAGCAAGCUUUUGGUAAAACUAUAUACACCCUGUCGACGGACACGUCGACGAGCGGUACUUCGGAGCCGUUGGUUCAAUCGGUAUCGCCGCAGAAGACGACCAAUCUUUCGAAGGCGGUCCAAACGUCCGUGCCUAACGCGCAACAAACAAAUCCAUCCGCGGGAAUUAACGUACAGUCCAUCGCGAACAUUCCGAAUACCUUGCAGUUAUCUACCAGCAGACAAAUACUGAAUAUCGUUCAGAAUUCUGGAAAUAAUGCGAACGUGGCAACCAGUCCGAAUGCUAACCAAACGCUUACGCAACUGGUACAAAGCGUUCAGAAUGCCUCACCUGGUGUGAUUUACACGCACAAAAUUCCUGUCACGAUAUCCACCACGAAUCCGAGUCAGUUAAACAUUAUACCGACUAUUUCGCACGCAAAUUCCAUACCAAGUGGUAGAACGCCGGUAGUCAAAUUAAAUAUCAUUCGUGCUCCCUUGAGGCAACAAAACAUUACCGGCGCUAUUCAGGCAGUUUUGACUACACCCAGAUUGCAACAGCAACAACAACAGCAACCUACGCAACAACAACAGCAGCAGCAGCAGCAGCAACAACAACAACAACAACAACAACAACAACAGCAGCAGCAGCAACAACAACCACCGUCCGUUCGAACGGACAGUUUACUCGGUUCUCCAAUAGAGGUACCGAAUCAAGUUAGUUCGACCACGUUGGAACAAUUGAGAGAAUUCGAAAGCGUUCUAGAACAGGUGAAAGAAAGAAGCACGAUUCAACCGCAAUCGCAUCAAAUGAUAUCCACAGCGGUAACGACUACCGUGCAAACGCAAACUACAACUCAGCAAUCACAAGCCAGUAAACAACAACAGGUAUCCGUGAGCGCCUUAGCUCAACAGCUUCUAAUGCCUACGCAACAAACCGGUAACAGCGACUUCGCGAGCAACGGUAACGCUGUCAAUUUUCAACAGGACGUGUUCUCUCAAAAAGUUUCUUUGACGUACGCGAAUCAGAAUACAGGAACCGCUACUGCCGCUGUCGCCGCCGCCGCUCCUAAAACGCCAAAUUCGACGCCCGUCGUCGUGGUGACGAGUUACUGUCAACCUGCGGCUUCUCCUGCUUUAAGCGUUACAUCGCAAAGCUCUUCCAGUCCUUGUGUCACUCCAGCACCAGCGCCUAUACCUGGGAAAACACCGCCCACUCCACCGUCCUCGAAGACGGUGAAAAAAUCGGCACCCAAAACUGUCAAGACCAGCGCGACGAACACAUCGAAGGCGUCGCCGAUUCCGAAACCGCAACAGAAACCGCAAGAAGACGAGCAAACCGCUCAAAGGAUCUACGCUAUUUUGGACGAGUACGCGGAACAGCUUCGUAAUUCUCCGGAUCUUAAUAACAAACCAGCUCCAAGACGAAGGUCGAAUCCACCGACGAAUCCUAGUCAAUCGUCGAAAAGAAAGAAGUCGAACGCUAAUAAGACGAAACCGGUUGGACAGCAAAAUUCGGAACUGAGUCCGAGCACGGACGAUCUCGGUAGAACCAUGGGUAGCGAAGAUUCGUCGAGUGGCGUUGUACACGUGCAAGAUAGCCCAGCAGGCUUCUCGGCGCCGGAGGAACCCACGAAUAACAUUGGGAACGUGACGGACGCGUCCGCCGAGGUUCGAAAUCUGACCAACGAUUCAAACGAUGGCGUAGAAUUGAACGUGAAAAGACGAAAUCUGAUCUUCGCUGAGCCCGGUUCGGGUCAGCCUAGAGCCGUGAUCGUUCAAGAAGCUGUGCAAACCAGUUCCGUCAGCGUUAGCGAAGCUUUGGCUUCUGUCACGGGGAAGAUGGGAAGCACCGCUGUUCUAGUUCCAGGCACCAACUACAUCUUACCGAUGAACCUUAUGAAAGGGGGACAACAGUUCACGAUAGUGUCCAGCGGAUCGAAGCUUCUCGCUACCGUGCCAGCUACGGUACGAACCACCGGAAACACCGGAGUCUCGAACACUCUAGUGCUGCAGUCCUUUCUGAAUCAAGCCGGGAAAAUCAUCUCGCAACCGGCACAGGUCAAACAGGUUAAGAUACCAACUUUGCAAACUUUAUCGGGCAAUCAAACUCUAGCUGCCGCUCAGAAUGUACAGAACGCCUCGGUAGUGAUUCCACAGACCGGAAACGGUAGCCAAUUCGCCGGAGAUUCUGCAACGGAGAAAAACAAUAUUAUCGGUGACUUAGCCAUGGCGAAAUCUGAUCCCGCAGCCGGUGGGGUUGGCGUCGAAUCAGCGACGAACACCAUCGUCGUAAACAAAAGCAAUUCCACGAUCGGUUUGAUUCAGCGUAAUCUAAACGAACCCACGGAGAAUCAACAGAUAUGCGGUGUUAUCACGAGCAAUCCAAAUUUGACUCUUCAGGGCACGAGACUGUUCAACUCUUCUAUACACAAAUUGUCAACGCCCACUUUAAAAUCGGACAACGUAGUGUGUCUAACACCUGCGGCAACGAUUACGCACACAGCUGACAAAAAAUCGUCGCAGGAGAGCCAGUGUCAUAGCGAGAAACCAGUUUCCAUUCAGCCUGGUGCAACGAUUGCUCUUGCUUUCGCCACUCAGUCGGACGUGUCUAUGCUGAACGAUGCUCAACAACAGCAGCAGCAACCGCAGCAGCAGCAGCAGCAGCAGCAACAACAACAACAACAACAGCAGCAGCAGCAGCAACAUCAACAACAACAGCAACAACAAAAAGAUACAAAAGAAAUAUCCACGGAAUUAAUUCCUGGUGCUAAGAUCAUCUCUCCGAAGACGGUGAAAAGAAAAAUCGAUGAUGCAAUGGAUUCCAUGUCCACGAUAACGGUCGCGAGCAAACAAGCAGCAGGAGGAAUCGAUAACGCGGCACAAUUUUUGGUGACCGGUGGUCCGAGUAGUUCCGACAGUCAAGAGUCGGCCGUGCAACAGACUGGCGAGGGUAUCGAGGUAUCGUGUAAAGUUGGCAACGGUUUAUUGUAUGGAAACGCGAGACUGCAAGAAGCAUGGGAACCCGAAGGCAAAGUAUCGCCGGAUACACCGUGGCGAUACGUACCUACGUCCACCAACUCUUUGAACAUCGAACCUUUGAACUCGCGAUACGUCGACAAUUCGGAAAAUGUUCAAAGCGUUCUGCAAAUAAUCAACAAAGGCCAAGGUAUCGAGAUGGCGAGCGGACAAAUUUAUCAAACGAAUACGAAGAAAUAUUUCAUGAAUCAUACUUUAGAACCAUUCCAACAGUAUUCGAAUAAAAGUAACGCGAUGAAAAUGCCGUUGAAUCCUAGAUUAGAUAGAGAAUUGUUGCAACAAAAAAUGGAAAGAAAAGCAGCCGCGAUGGAACGCGAGAUGAGGCUGCAAAAAAGUUUAUCCGAGGAAUGCGAAGAUUUAGGCGUAGACGAGCCGAGCACCAGCGAUCUGUUUCCCGAAGCGGAUCUAUUGUUCGACACGAAUCAUUCGCCGUCUUUCGAUCAUUCUUCCCAGGACGCGUCCUGUAGCCAGCCUCUGGGUAUGAAAUCGUACAGUGGUUCCUACUUUCGUUCUUUAGAUUCGUCGAGCGGUAGCAGAGAUGCCAGUCCAGUGGCCGAUUUCAAAGCGAACGAGCGCAAAAAGAACAGCGGCCAACGAACGAGAAGUUCGAAAGAUUCUUCCUCGAAGAGAUCGAAAAGAGACAAGGCGGUGGAAGAGUUGCACUUGGAGAAUCCGGCGAAACACAUGCGUUUAACUCUGGAUAAUUUAAGUCAGGACGAGGCGUCGAAUAGUACGUCCGAUAUUUCGAGGUUAUCGCCGGCGAAUCUAGGAUCUUUGGAAAGCGACUCGUUGAAGGAUGCCACUAGGGUAAAGAUCAUCUCGAGGAACGGAUCGAAGGAAGGUUCGCCUAGCAGCGUAUCCAGUAUUCCGUCUAACAUGAAAUUAGACAUUGAUCUAGAUUCGGAAUCGUUACCUCCCAGUAUCAACGUGAACAACGCGUCGGCCGCCAGUUCGGGGGACGAAAGUUUAACCUUGCUUAGCGGCACUACCGCCGACGUGACCAUACCCUCGCCACUCUCGCCCAUCGCUGGUCCGAUGCUUUCGACGCACAAGUAUACCUACACCAACAAGAAACGGAUCGCGUCGAAGGUAACGAGAAUGGAUUAUUUGUCCUGGGGCAGUCCGAUGUCCGAGAGGACGAGAUCGAGCAGCGACGAGGAAGACUCGAGCGUGAGCGAAUCGAUAGGUAGUCAGCCGGAGGAGAACGCUCUGAGCAACGGUCUCGACGACAGCGUGCACAGUCUCAAGUCGUUAUCGAGCGAACGUCGUUGCAGUUAUUUCAAGAAAAAGGACAAGCUACAGGUGAACGCGAGGGUAGUGUUGAAUCGAACGGAUCACAAGGGUAGCUUGUCGAAACGUAUCAAGGCGAACGAAUCGAUCCAAGAGUCAGUGAUGGUCUCCAGUGAUAAGGCUUCCGAACCUUCCGACGACGAGACGGGUAACAUAGCCAUGGUAGAACCCGAUUGCCGUGCCCGACGAUCCAGUUUACGAGGACACGUGAAAAAGGGAUGCGCUUGCUGCAACGGAUCUCCGGAAAGACCGAAGAAGAAGUCCGUCAAGACGGAUCAUUCGAGAUUGAAAAAACGACUGUCGUCGAAACAGGCCAGCAAGAAAAGGUAGUCCUAGCGUUCCAAGACUCGUCUAUGGAGCAUCGUGUUGUUUAUCGUAACGAAAAAGCUGACGAAGCAACAAGAAAUCGAGAAGGAAGAAUAUGAAGAAGAAGAAGAAGCGAAAAAAGUAGAGAAGAAAGAAGAGGGGAAGUUUCCAUACGCUUGGACGUGUUCUUGUAGUUUCCACCGAAGCGAAGACAAAGCUAGAACUAGAACAGUGGAAUAUACGUCGAUGGAUUCGAUUUUACGUGAAAUAUUUUGCUUGGAUCGAACGAUUACUUAUAGAAAUUACGAGCAUUGUACAUAUAGUAGCAAAUACACAGGAAUUUCUAGAGACACUCGCGAUUUCUCGUUAUUUGGCGUGUGCCUAUCCUCCUGUAUAGGCAAAAUAAGCGUUAAUUAACGUUCCAUUCGGUUUUGUCGAUGAGCGAAACAAAAAAAAGAAACGAACAAUUGCCGUUUCUUCGAGAAUAGAUUAUCCUUUUACCACUAGAUGUUACUACGAUAUUAGAUGUAAGAGACGCAGAUUAUAAUGAAUGGCAUAGAUUAAAUCGUUAAGAAUAUUAGAGACGCAAUCUAGUCAAAAGAUAAGGUUUGUGGCGAUGAUUAGGCGCGCUCGUGAAAGGCUGAGAGAGUAAGAACGAAUGAGAAUGCAUGAAUGAGAAACAGAUGCGAAAAAAUUGAGGAGGCGUAACUAGCGAAGAAAUGUAUCCGAUCGUCGAUAGAUCCUUCGCAGAUUAAAGAAUUUAUAAAUGGAAAAAGAAAAAAGCCUGAAAUUAAUCGUUCUGUCUACUCGUAUGUAUAUUUGUCGCGAUGAUACUGUCCCACGUUUCUUACACGAUGUGGUCCGACUGAGUAGAGGAGUAAUACUAUUCUAUUAGAGAUCUCGUUUGGUGAAAAUUAACGGUAGCAAAACGUGCAUUGAACUUUUGCCUUUUUCGCGUAAACGCUUCUCGGUAACGUUAGAAGUCUUAACUUUGUAAUCGAUACACGUACGAUCCUUGUUCAAUUGUGUAGCAUGCAGGGAACAGUUAAGAGAAAGAUCGGGAAAGAAAAUCGACGAAAACCAAAUAAAAGCGACGAAAUUGGAAGGUAUCGAAAAGAAAGAAAAUACGGGGAAAUAUAUAUAUAUGUGUGUGUAUAUUUAUAUAUAUGAUAAAUAUAUAUAUAUAUAUAUAUAUAUGUAUAUACAUAAAAGCAAAACUUGUACGUCGUACGAGCCGACCGUACUUGUCACGAUGCGUGUAAAGAAACGGAAAUAAGAAAAGGAAAAAAACAAGAAUUACCAAAAAAAAAAGCAAACUGUACAUUACGUAGAUAAUUCAUUAAAAGUAUAACAUUAUAUCGCUGCACUUUAGUACAAAAUCGCUUCACCUUGUUUCAGAAUGACAAGUUUAUAUCAUCAUUCGGUGUGCUGUCGUGGACGCGUGAAUGCCUGCAAUUUAUUCUAAACUGUAAAAUGAAAAAGGGACACUCUUGUAAAGGUUGUGUAAUUAAAGCUACAGAAACACUGAUCAAUUCGCGUACGCGUCUCGUGUUACGCCUCGAUCACGUCGUAUCUGGCGUAUAAAAAAAAAAGGCUAGAAUAUUCGUUAGUCGAGGUGUAUAUUAAUAAUAUUAUCUCUGGCGCAGAAACUAAGAGUUUAAGAAUGUUGAAAAGUAAUGUUCCUGUGAAUAAGUCUCCUUUCGUGAUACGAACCAAAGUGACUCCGUUUUAAAUGCAUUCGAAGAAAAGGAAAAGAAAACUGAAAAGAAAAGUAGAGAGGAAGAAAAAAGUAAAGCGACUGUGAAAAAAAAAAAAUACAAAAGGAAAAUAAGUAUAAACGAGUAAAAUUUAUCGUCUUUGUAAUUAUUAUAGUUCGUUUCAUUUCGAACGUAUUUUAUCGUACGAUCGAGAUAUCUUCUUUUUAUCCGUUUCUAUCGACGAUUAACGAACUCUACCUCGUGGCACGCGUCGAUUAUUUCUUUUUACAAGUUGUCACGAUUAUUUUAACGCAUUGACUGCUAAUUUAAUUUAAACGAGCAAUUAAAUUCCGAACAUCGAUGAAAUUCUGCUGAUAAAUCGAAAUAGUAAAUCGAGGAAUUAAGAUUUAAUUGAAGGUUUUCAAUAAUUCGCAUUAUCGUGAAUUACGGUGCUAUGAUUGUUUCUGUCGUAUCAGUCAACGUGUUAAACAAUCUCUGGGGCUUGUAAUCGUCGAAUGAAUUCGCUCGCUGUUACUCGAUCGAUUUUUCGCUUGGGUUUACGAACGAGAUGAAAGGUAAUUAUUUGAAAAUUUAUACAGUGUAUGGCAAAAUUCGUAUCGCAACGCGUGUGCGAUAAAGGCUUCCGUUAGAAAAGGAAAUCGGGAAGAAAGUAGCGUCCUCCCUGCUUCCUAGCUAGUUUUCCUACCUUCGAAUUCGUAACAUACUUAUAAAUCGAAGCGUAUCCUAUGAAUAAUUCACACCGUAAAAGAUUGCUACGAUUAAAAGAAGAUGAGUUAAGAAGCACGGGAGUCGGACUAACGAGAAGGAGAGUCGCUAUCUCCCAGGGUUCUUCUUAUCGGACAAGGGCAUCGUUGUUCGCCGAUGUACCAUUUUUAAGUUUGCCGUAUUCUGUAUAAUCGGUGCUACGAAUAUCAAAAUUCGAGUCUUGAUCAACUUAUACAGUUAGCAAUAAUUAAAAAGAGAAAUUUAAAGCUUCAAGUACUUCCAACGUAUUCGCUUAUUUUUUUUAGUAAGUAACAUAUAUUCGAAAUUCGUCGAGUCCCCAUUUUUUUCAACUCGUUCGAAAAUCGUUUCAUCGUAACAUUCCGACGAGUCGCGAAUCGACCUCAAGAGAUACACCGAGUUAAUGUUAUUAAACAUAUGCUCUUAUCUUCCUGUACAGAUAAAAAUCGAUGUAGAGAUAAAAGAAUUAUCUUCGCUGAACGAAGGGAGCGAAAGAAGGAAAAUUUGGAAGCAUACAUAGAAGGAGACAUUUAGAGAAAUGCAUCUGUGCGUAGAUGUACAUUUUUGGAAGAAUGUCGCAGCAAAAUGAUACGUAUUUUUUGAUGGAAUGAAAAGGCAACGUUACACGUAGCUUAUACAAGUUAGAAGAAAAAAACGAGAGUAAACGGGAGAGCAUGCAUGUGCGUGUGUGAAUGAUGGAAGUAAGAGACAGAGGGAGGAGGAGAAGGAAGAGAGAAAAUUUGAUCGUCAGUGAUAGUCUGGCCUUUUUCGCCACCUUUAGUCGUACCAACCGCAUUUAUAAUAGAAGGGUAACUGUAGUCUUCGUAAAAAAAGCAAAGAACUUGUGAAUGGAUUUAAGUAAGAAGAAACGGUGAAAAGCUAAAUGAAAAACUUAAGAAUUAAGAGCAAAGUUUUCGAAAAUCGAGAAAGCUGUUCAGGUACUUAAAGACAAAGAAAGAUAGAGGCGAAACGAAACAUUAAUUAAAUGCCGAAAAAAAUGAAAAUGUAUAGAAAAUGAACAAACCGCUUUACACUGGUCGUUAAGGAAGCAAUUAACUUAAGAGAUUUUGUAUCGUAUGUUUGUUAAGGCUACUGUUUUUUUCUGAAUCCAAAAAAUGCCCCUUACUACUACCAGUAUUCGAGAGGACAAUUGUGUCGCGACGCUUUAAUAUCUGUGAACAAGAAAAACGAGAAGAAGUAAAUAAUGUUGAAAAGAAAAGAAAAUCACAAGGAAGCUGCAAAUAAAAGAAUGUAAAAGAAAGAAUUUAGUACAGUAGAGAAGAACGAAAGGGACAGGAGAGAGAACGAGAGAGAGAGAGAGAGUGAGAGUGAAAGAGGACGAGAGAAAAAGAGAGAGAGAGUGAGAGAGAGGGAAUGAGAGAAAGAAAGAAGAAAUAAAGAAUAAUACGUAAAAAAAAAAAAAGGAAAAAAAAGUAGGAAACGGCCGUGCACUGCAAAACGUACAUUGUUUAAUAUACGUAUUGUCGUUUAGCACAAAUCAAAUAAACCGAUAGAGAAAGACCGAUAAACGGAAAGCGAGAGUAGCCGAAUAAACCGAGGACGGAGUUGUUUAA